GAGGCUACUGGAGGCGUGGCUAGCUUGGGGCAGCCAGGUGGCCGCGAUCAAGGAAGGCGAGGACGCUGCCCUUCGGCGCGCCAUGGCCGGUCGGGCCUCGCUGUACUCAGGCGAUGGGGCUACGGUUGCCCUGGGAAAGGAUUCAAAGGGAAGGGAGAUGCUACCGAAGGGCGCGAUGUGCUCCGUCGACGUGGAGGAGCUGGCUCUUCCGCCGCCAGGGACCAUCCCUGCCAAGCUCGUGGACAUCUGCCCGCUGGCCGCCGAGUACUUCUCCGACGUUGCGGGGAGGAUGCUACGCGAGCCCAGCUCAGCCAUGGACGAGGAGCUGAAGGGCCAGAAGGUCUACCGAGUUCCGUCUCUUCGAUCGAGGGCGUCGCGUCUCCGCCUGGCCGAGAGGCUCUGGGAUGCGGGGAUGCUCGGGACCACCGACCAGCUGGUCGAGGGUGUCUCGCUCUUCGGGGUCAUCAAGAAGUACCUGCAGGAGGAGGCGGACCCCCUCGGCCCCGCCAGGCGCCAGGUCCGCGCCAUCUGGGACCAGAGGCGGGCCAACCUCCGUUGGCAGAGGCCCCCGUACGUACCCCUCGGCAACCCCGCGACCUUCACCCACGUGGACCUCUCCAACCUCGGCGAGAAAAACGUGGUCUACACGGGCGUGGGCGACAUCCCGGACAUGUUCUAUCGUUUGGAGACGCCGCCCGAUGUCUGGCCCUACUUUGUCUUGGAGGAGGUGCCAGUCCACGAGUUCGUCGAGUACAUGAGGACCAAAGGGCGGGACUGCGUCAUCCCCGAUGGCGGGCCCUUCCUGGCGCUGAAGGUCUUGGUCAUGGGCUGGUCGUGGGCCCCGUUCUUGGCCCACUCUACGCUGCAGGCCUGCAUGGCGCGCGGGCUCGGGGAGGACUCCGUCGGUGCGCGCCUGGUCUACGGGGCUCCGACGCCUCAGCUGAUCGGGCCCGAGGGGUUCGAGUCGGUGAACUGGGCGUAUAUGGACGACUACGGGGUCAUGGCCACGUCAGCCAGCGUACAGCAGCCAGUGAGCGAGGUCGUGAGCGGGCUGACGGCCCGAGUCAAGCACUACUUGGGGCAGGUCGGGCUCCCCGUCCACAAGGAGAACGAAGGCGAGGGGCUCGAGUCGCUGGGGGCGGUCAUCCGAGGCCGGCCCUACACAGUCUCGGCCGAGAUCGAUCGCACCUGCGGCCUGGCUCUAGUGACGCUGCGGCUGGCAGAGCGGACGUACUGGACCUCGGAGCUCCUCGAGCGCAUCGUGGGGUUGUGGGCGUGGGCGGCCAUCUUCCAGCGCACGGGCCUCGCCAUCUUCGACCAGGUGUAUCACGAGAUGAGGCGCCCCGAGACCGCCAAGACGCCGUUCCGCCUGACGGACGCGGCGAGGUGGGAGCUGACUACGAUGGCCUAUUGCGCACCGCUCUUGCGUACAGAUCUCGAAGCGCCGUGGCUCUCGCAGGUGUUCAUGACGGACUCCAGCGACACGGGCUACGGGGCGGCGGUCACCGACGCAUCGCUGGAGGAGAUCAGGAAGGACGCACGCUACAGCGAGAUGAGGGGAUGGACGAUCGCCACCGAGGACAUCUACACAGCCCAGGAGGAGGACACUUGGGUCCCCCACGCUGGGGGGUGUGCCUACGACGUGGACGAGCUUGUCGAGGCGUCGACCACACCGCCGUCGCGGAUCGGUCGGAGGGUCUACCGGGUGCUGUACCUCUUCGCGGGCAGGCGCUGGGAGGGGGACCUGGAGGAGGCCAUCCACUCGCGGGCGGAGCACGACGGCUACGAGGUCGAGGUCUGGUCCAUCGACGCGGUGAUCAACCCGAAGCACGACCUCACCAACGACGAGUUUGUCAACCUGAUCCUGGGUCUGGCGCGCGACGGGUACUUCCACGCAGUGAUCGCUUCGCCCCCAUGUUCCACCUGGAGUCGGGCUCGCUUCCUGGGAAAGGGGCCCAGGCCCCUACGGACGCGUCUCGAGCCUUGGGGGCGGAGCGACAUGUCCUUCACAGCCUUCGAGCGCCUCCGCCUGGACCUGGGGUCGCGCCUCCUGCUGACGGCCAUGCAGGCGGCCCUCGAGAUCUGCCGAGCUGGAGGCCUGGGCUUGAUGGAGCACCCUGCGGACCCAGAGGAGGACCCAUACCCGUCAAUCUGGAACCUCCCCGAGAUGGCACGCCUCCUCGAGGAGACGGGCGGGCAGAUCAAGCGGAUCGACCAGUGCCGCUACGGAGCCCCGUCGAUGAAGUCGACCAUGAUUGGCAUCUUCGGGUUCUACGACGACGCACUGGACCUCGCCGCGGAUCGUCUUGUCCUGAGGUGCAACCACCGAGGGAGGCAUCAAGCAGUACUCAAGGGACGUGUGGAGCGAGGCCGUCCCGACUUCUGCACCGCCUCCGCCCAGGCGUACCAGCCGCCGCUGUGCGCCGCGCUGGCGGGGGUGAUCAUCGAGGCGUUCGCCCGCAUGGCGAAGGAGAUGAGGGGCCCCGAUCCAACGGGCUCGCGUGUGUCUCCAUCCACGGCGUCCUUCGGCCAACCGAGGCCGGGAAGGGCGAGGAUCGAGGUGAGGUCACGAUCUGCGCGACCUGGGCCGCGCGUGUACGGGAUACGCUGGUGGCUAGCUGCCCUGGCAUUGGAGGCAAUCCACCCCGUUGGAGCGGUCCGCCCGAAGCCGCCCAAGGCGGGAGACGUCCCCCUGCAGAAGCGGGGGCCACGGGCGUGGGAGAACUACGAGAAGGAGCCGCACCUGGGCAUCAGUGAGGGCGGCUUCACAAGGCUGCUCACCCACUCCGUGGCGGACGUCACCGCGGCGCAGUGGGCCCCGAAGGUGCAAGACUUUCUUAGCCACUGCGUCGACAAGGGUUGGGAGUUUCGGUCCGCCAACGCCGUGGACCACGCCCUGGCCGACUACAUGGACAUGAAGUGCUACAAGGACCGGCUCCGCCCCACGUGGGGGUCGAUCGUCUUGUUCGGGCUGCUGGUGAUUUGGCCUGAGCUGAGGAACCAGCUUCAUCUGGCCUUGCGAAGCCUGAAGGGCUGGCAGAGGUUGGUUGUCUCUGUGGAGGGGGGCCCUCUGCCUGAGGAGGCUGUCUUCGCCGUCGCCAUCUACUUUCUCGAGGCGGGGUUCCUGGACGAAGCCAUCUGGACCCUCGUGCAGUACGACGUCUACGGGCGGGAGCAGGACAUGGAGAUGCUGCGCGAGGCCGACAUCAUCUGGGACGGCCGAUGCGUGGGCCUCCUGUUCGGCAUCUCGGCCAGAGGCGAGGAGGGCAAGACGGGCAGCAACCAAGGGGUCGUCAUCCGCCGCGGGACGGUCGCGAACCUCAUCCUGGCCCUGAAGGACGUCAAGAAGAACUCCACGGCGCCUAUCUUCGGCCCCAAGCAGGCAGGCUUCCGCAAGGAGUGGCACCGCGCAUGUCGCUCGCUGGGGAUGCCCUGGGCGCCGCCGCCGCACGGGCUCCGCCACUCGGGGCCUAGCGAGGACGUGGCCCGAGGACGGGCCAGCCUAGAGCAGGUGCGGAGGCGGGGCAGGUGGAAGGCCCUCUCCAGCGUCCAGCGGUACUCCAAGACGUUCGCCCUCACGUAG